UUCCUAUUUAAUUUCCACUGAGUCAUGCAGUCUUAUAAAUGAUGGCCUGCAGAUCAGCACUCUGGUAAGCUGCUGUUUGUGGCAAGUUUCUUCAGUCCUUAAGAUCAAAGCAUUCUGAUAACCUCAACAGGAUUUUCUGUCUCGACAUCUGCUGUUUGCUUCUUCUACAUUCGUCAUGGCCAGCAGAUCAACACUGAGCCCACGUCCUAGAGACCCUUCACUGGACAGCGCCUGGACGGAAUGGAAAACCAAACAUGAGAAGCAAUACAAGACAGAGGAGGAAGAGAACUUCAGACGGAUAUUGUGGGAGGACAAUCUACGUUGGAUUGAGCAGCACAACAAAGAAUACUCGGAGGGGAAACACACCUACACCAAGGGCCUGAACCACUUUUCUGAUCUGACAAAAGAGGAGUUGUCGAAGAUAUGCUAAUUCAUGGAUGACAUCAGCAAAUAAGAGAGGAUAACAGUGAAUGCCCGCUUUGGCUGUUCAAGUUUAUAAAAUGUUGCAGAUUCUGCUGCACUAUGACUUUUUGUUUAAUGUUUCUUCACAACUGUAUUAAAAAUAAAAAUAAAUAGACUGCUUUUAAGCUAAUACAAUGGCUACCCAUG